AUGAUCCCGUCAAUCGUCGUAUUCGCAUCUCCCUCUGUCCCUCUAUCCUUCCUUUUUCCUACCCUUUCGGCUGAGCAUACUUCUCCUGUGUCUUCCUCUCCUUCAUCAUUCAACCCUCCAGCUGAGUUUCUUUCUCACUCAUCCCUUGACCCCUCUCCUCCUUUAUCUACUGAGUCUCCUGCAGUUUCUUCCCCUCCUUUAUCUGUUGAGUCUCCUACAGUGUCUUCUCCUCCUCCCUCGCUUCCACUUGCUCACCCACCUGUUCGUUUCACAUACCACCGUCGGGAUCCCGCAGAGCCUCCAUCUCGGCCAGUUAUUUCUGACACCUCUCCUACUACCGAUCCAGCUCCUGAGGUACACUCUCACACUUAUUCUUUACAUGAUCGCUCUACUUUACAUCCCCCUGUCCGUUAUGCUUCUACUAGCACCAGUGUUUCAGAUGUCUUUGAGCCAGGUACCUACCGAGAAGCAGUUCGACUACCUGAGUGGAGGACUGCCAUGCAGAGGAGCUUGAAGCUUUGA